CAAGUGCUAGUUUACAACCGUGGCUGAGCUCAUGUUCUCUGAAAUAUGCUUACUAUAUCUUUAUUCUUCUUUUAUUUCUCGCAACACAUUUGAGAUCAUGUUCCUGUAAGUGAUAUCAGCAUUUAGUUUGUAAAGCUGAACUUACAAAUUAGAAUCAAAAAGGCAAAAAAAUGGAGAGCAACUUCAAUGUUAGUAGCCUCGCAACAGUGGGAAAUGCUUGUGGAAUAGACUUUACUCAAGAUGCUGUCUUCCUUCCUGUCCUGUAUGGAAUAUUUUUCAUCAUUGGCGCCCCUCUGAAUUUGAUGGCACUAUUUGGGCUGUACAGGUUAAUCAAAUCAGAGAACGUUUUACCUGUGUAUGUCAUAAACCUUUUGAUCUCAGAUCUUAUUCAUCUCCUCACUUUGCCCUUAUGGAUGGACUACUAUGCCAACGGACACCGCUGGCGCUUUGGAAUGCAGACCUGUCAGUUUAUGGGUCUGUUUUUUUACAUCAGUAUUUACGCAAGUAUCUUCUUCAUGUGUAUCAUUGCCCUGGAACGUUACCUGGCCAUCGCCAGACCUUUCAGCUUCAAGCAUCUGCGUAACUUGAGGUUCGCUCGCUGGAUAGCACUUAGCAUUUGGAUUCUAAUUGCGGUGCCACCUGCCAUCGCUUUUGAAAAGCUCUUCCCCAAGCAGGAAAAUUACAGUCUUUGUAUUGAGAAGUAUCCCUCCGAGGGUAACUUCAUCACCUACAGACUGAUUACUCUGCUUUUAUCCUUCAUCAUACCCCUGGGCUUCAUUAUUGUUCUCCACAGACAGACUGUCCGCACACUGAUGGCAAUCAACUCACUUUUAUCUGAGGAGAAGAGGAAUAUUAGGGGUCUGCUCACCCUUUUGGUGGCCGUGUUCGUCACGGUGCUGGGGCCCUAUCAUUUCAUCGGCUGUGUGAAGUACAUCGGACUGCUGGUUCACAGCAGAGUGUGUGAGUGGGAGAAAGCUGUGUUUGUGCCCUAUCAGCUGGGGAGAGGUUUCCUGAGCCUUAACAGCUUGAUGGAUCCUGUUUUUUACAUCUUUCUCCGCAGUGACUUCCGAGCGGCUGCUGGGAACUUUCUGCCCUGCCUGAAUAGAGUGAACACCAGAUCAUAUCAGACGGAGAAGCCAACAAACUCCACACUAGAUUGUGAAAAUACCCUGUGAAAUCUCUUGAUGAACGCAGAUUUUUUUAUAUAUAUAUAAUCUUUAUUGAUAUAUUUCUUAUUUAAACAGGAAGUUUGGGCCACAAACUUCCAAAACGCUUUAGUUUUGCAACAGCCAUGAACCUUGAUUCGCUACAUAGCUUGCUAUUGCUAGUUCGAUGCAAAAUUUGUAGUGCAAGAUGAGUCAACAACAUUUUUGGUUCAUUUUCCCAGAAGAUAGAGACUGUGACUCUUAAAUGCAAAUAUCUGCUAAAAGUACAUUUUUUCAACUUUAGGAGUGCACUAGCAUGUACACUGCCUCAAAGCUAAAACAAAUAUGCACAAGUCACAUUAGGCUUGCUCAUUGGGGUUCUAAAUACAAUUAUACAUUUUAUUAACUUAUUUUUAAACACAAUUCACUAUCGUAUUUUACACAAUGAUGAUCUUUUGUAAAGCUGCUUUGAAACAAUGUGUGUUGUGAAACGUGCUAUACAAAUAAAAAUGACUUGACCUGGACUACAAGUCACAAAAUUAUUUAUUUUAUUUUAUUAUGUAUUUGAAGAGCUCUGAUAUUUGUAUUAUUAUAAAACACAUAUUUGAUAACGUUUUUGAAAUAUAAUUUGAACAAAGAACUAUAAGAUCUAUAAUUUGAAAAAGGCUGCUUAAUUCGAUCUAGAGGU